GGCACAGGCACAGCUGCCCUCAGAGCCUGGCGUGGGCACAGCUGCAGUGGCCACUGCUGAGCCACCUCCUGCUCUGGAAACAGGGCUGGGCUGCCCAGGGCUGCUGCCAUGUGAGAGCACACACCGGGGCCAGGGGAGCAGAGGGAACCUUGCCCGAAAUGGAGAACCCACUGCUUUUAUUCCCCCAACUCAACAUUUCUGCUUUGAAGGACAAAGCCUAUUAUAAAAAAUCAGUGAUUAAGGAAGAGCCACACAAGGCAAGCAAGCCUGGAGCUAAGCAGAAGAGAAAUAGGCUGAGCCUGCUCCUGCAGAAAUCUGAAUUCCAUGAAGGCGGUCACCUUGGCGAAGCUGGGAACUUAACAAAAGCAGCAAGCAGUGUGUCUCCGGAAGAAGCAGUGAAAUGGGGGGAGUCUUUUGACAAACUGCUUUCUGAGAAAGCUGGGCUGGAUGCCUUCACAAAGUUUCUGAAAACUGAGUUCAGCGAGGAGAACAUUGAGUUCUGGAUAGCCUGCGAGGAUUACAAGAAAAUAAAAAAUGCAAAUGAACUCCUGCCAAAAGCCAAGGCCAUUUUCGAAACAUUCAUACAGAAAGAUGCUCCAAAAGAGGUGAACUUGGACUUUCACACCAAGGAGGUCACAAGCCAGAGCAUGGGACAGCCCGUGAGCAGUACCUUCGAGGCAGCACAGAGUACAGUGUACCGGCUGAUGGAGCAGGACAGCUACCCUCGCUUCCUGAGGGCAUGCUGCUGGACCUCACCCCAUGGCAAAAACAGAGGUCAAGUGUCUCAUCAGGUGCCAUUUGAUGUUUUCCAACAGAGCUCAGCCCUCCUCCAUCCGAGCUCCCACAGCAACCUGAGCGUGCUUUAAACCUCAAACCCUCAGCAGGUGUAACCAAGUGGUAAAGUAAAAAUAAAAUGCACUUACACCAGGCCAUAGUCUGGAGCAGAAUCUCACUUCUGUAGAAAAGUAUGUAACGUGUUGGCAAGUCAUAGCACGCAGAGUUCUACAGGAAUUUGUUAAAAAAAAAUCCACAGGCAAAAGCUGUGAUCAGAUUUGGGGGAAGAUUUUGAAUUUCCUGCUUUAAAAAAGUCUCACAAAGUGCCAUUUGAUAUUAUCCAACAUGUAUCCUGUGCCUGUACCAUUUAGGCCAGGGUUUCAUCACAGUUAGAAUCUCUGUACCCAGUCUUUGCACGUAUUUAUGUUUUUGCAAUAUUUCCUACACUAAGCACAGAGAAUUUGUGGUAUUUUCUCAUACUGUAAAACACACAGGAACAUUAUUAGGUAUAAUGCAAAGUUACAUGAAUUUUAAGUAAAGGCACUGCAUAAUUAAAUCUAUCAUUAAAGUGUAGCCAUUGCCUAUUUUGAGGAACAUAAAAGUAUCUAUUUAGUAUUUGGGGGGUACAUUUUUCUUACUCCACAUGUCUGUUCUCUACUUUUAAGUUAUGCCAUAUAUAAGUUUUGGCAUCAAAUACAUGUAUUCUAACUUUUUUUGCAGCUAAAUGAGCAGCAACAAAGGGCCAAGAAUGCUGUUUUAACACAAUGUGUAUCCUUAAGUACCAGGUCAUGUCUAUGUAUAUAUAUAAAAAAUAUUUCUACUUUUAUUUAUAAAUAGUUGUGGUAUACCAACUUUGUUACAAAACUUUGUUCUAUUUAUUUUUCUGCCUUUUAUUUUGAAUAUGUGUCUGAAAAUUAACAGCCCUUGGACUCAGGCAGAGAACUUUCAGUUCCACUGGUCAUGGGUUAUGGAAGAGGAAGGAGAAAUCUUUUUUAUUUCUUUACUAUCAAACACAGACAUAUUUUUUAUAGUCAGCACACAUAGUCAUUCUGUCCUUUUCUUUCACAGUUGAUGCAGACAUACCUUGAAGCUUAAGGCAGUUCUUAAAACCUUAAACAUUGGUUCAGUUUAGGAAGGGGCUGUAGGAUUUAUCUGUAACUAUGGCUUGUACAUGAAGUUGCUUCUUGUGGAAUUUAAGCUUUCUCCCUUUCCCUUCCCUUUCUGUAAAUGGUGAAAGAGAAGAAGAGCAGUUCCUGAGGAUGGGACUUUUGUGUUCAUUGUUAAUUUGGGGUGUACAUGAACCGCUGGGUCUGGCAGCUUUCCCUGUCUGCUCUAUUAACUUCCAAUAAAUACGAUCUGC